CUUCACUGCGCCCUUUCCUCUCGCUCAACUGUCCCCUCUCCGUGCUUCAGCAGAGGGGCUGCGCGCGCGAUCGUGCCACCGAUACCCACUUUUUAAAAAGUGUCUGAGGAAAGUCAGCCUCUCUUCUUCUGUGCAUGUGUGUGCGCGUGUGUUCCUCGCUCUCCUCUGGUUGCGCUUUGGUAAACUAACAAGGAGGUGUUAACUACUUUCCGCGUUUCCCGUUAUCUCCGGUGCUGCUGCGCGUUUAUGCCAGAACGGGCCAGUGCUCCUGAUACUCCUUCUGCGCAGAAAGAAAGAAAAAAAGUUUUCGGUUUGUUGUGAGGAUAAAAAAACAAGCCGGAAACCGAGCCGCCGUAUGCACUAGACGCGGAUUCCUUCACGGCGAGACUCGUUGCCAGCUGAGGAUGAGGAACCAGCUUUGAUGACUUACAGAUGUUUACCUCUCCUGGACCAUCAUCACCCAAGAAGACAAGCUCCAUCCAGAUCCCGCCGAGUGUUCGUGACUCCAUUCUGACUUUGAUGAACAGUUGAAGACCUCUGUUGGUACCUCCCUAACUUGAGUCAUCUGAACUAAAUGACACUUGUGAAAAUUUCGUCGGUGGCAAAUAAAAACUAAACUGUUGCUGGCAGCUCCUUUCCACUUUUCCUUCAGAGAUCGCCUCUCUUUUUACAAAGGGGUCUUUUCUGAGCCCCUCACCCAGAGACCAAAUCCCUCCAAUCUCCAUCUCAGAUUCCUGCACCUUCUUAGACCCGAUCCAAGAGCCUAGGGUAUUGUUUUUCAAUCUCCCAGAGGAGGAUUCGUCUCCUCCUCUCCUUAAAAUUCUUCGAGCGUUCUUCGACCCUCCCGACAUGGACCUCCACCGGGCAGCCUUCAAGAUGGAGAGCUCCUCCUAUCUGCCUAAUCCUCUAGCCUCUCCGGCUCUCAUGGUCUUGGCCUCCACAGCUGAAGCCUCCCGCGAUGCUUCUAUUCCCUGCCAGCAGCCACGUCCGUUUGGGGUGCCCGUUUCUGUUGAAAAAGAUGUCCACUUGCCAUUUAACAAUGGCUCUUACACUUUUGCAUCAAUGUAUCACCGCCAAGGUGCAGUCCCACCAGGAUUUCCCAACAGGGACUUUCCUCCGUCCCUCCUCCACCUGCACCAUCAAUUUGCCCCACCUAACCUGGACUGCUCACCCAUCAGCAUGCUGAAUCACAGUGGCGUUGGCGCCUUCAGGCCUUUUGCCUCACCUCCAGAAGAUCGAGACGGGGCACCAGGUGGUUAUCAGUCUGCUUUCACUCCAGCCAAGCGCCUCAAAGGCUGUCUGGAUCCAGACGCUUCACCCCACCUGAGGUACUCUGAUGCUGAAGGGAAAGAGUAUGACUUUGGAGGAGCUCAGAUCCCUCCUGGGGGCUCACCCAGCAGCGCACUGAAAGCAGUAGAAGACAGCGGGAAAAAGAUUUUCGCCGUCUCAGGCCUCCUGUCCGACCGGGAGACGUCCUCCAGCCCAGAGGACCGAAUUGAACGCUGCAAAAAGAAGAUGUCUCUGUAUGACAGCCAGGCUCCUGUUUGCCCCAUUUGCCAGGUUCUGCUCAGGCCCGGAGAGCUACAGGAGCACAUGGAGACAGAAAUAGAGAGGCUAGCUGCCAUAUGCCUCAGCAGUAAGACCUCUUCGCCCAAAGAUGGAGCCGCUACUCCGGGAACCCCCAAGUCCAUGCUGCUGUCAGUGCACAUCAAGCGUGAGGGAGAAUCCCCCGUGGUCUCACCGCUGUCAUCUGAGGAUGCCCACCACUCUGACCGAUACCAGACAUUUUUACGAGUUCGGGCAAACAGGCAAACGAGAUUGAAUGCCCGUAUAGGGAAGAUGAAGAGGAGGAAGCCUGAGGAGGGGGGCCAGGUAUGUCCGCUGUGCAGCGCCCCACUGGCUGGGAGUGAGGAGGAGAUGAGUAGACAUGUGGAACAAUGCCUGAUCCAGCGUGAGGGAGUGUUGGCUGACGAGGACUCCGCAGACAUGGAUGGAGACAAUGGGCGUGGCUUUGAGGAAUAUGAGUGGGCGGGGCAGAAGAGGAUCAGAGCUACAGCUUUGUUGGAGGGAGGCUUCAGAGCAACAGGUUUUGCGACAUGUAGCAUCAAAGAGAGUGCAGCAGACAGCGACGCCGACCUCGAUGUAGAUGGAGACGACACUCUGGAGUACGGCAAAGCCCAGUACACCGAGGCCGACAUCAUCCCCUGCUCUGGGGCUGGGGAGGACCAAGGAGAGGCCAGGGAGAGGGAGGCGCUACGGGGAGCUGUGCUCAAUGGAGGGAUGCCUUCUAACAGAAUAACAUCUGAGUUCUCCAAAUGGGCCAGUGAUGAGAUGCCUUCUACAAGCAACGGAGAGAGCAGCAAGACGGACCCCAGCACUCCUUCAUCAUCCUCCUCCUCUUCCUCCUCCUGCGCCCCACGCACUUGUAAAAACAGCGAGAUUGAAAAGGUGACGGAGGAAGAGUCAACAGCUACCACUAUGGAGGCUCUGAAGGCUCGAAUCAGAGAGCUGGAGAAGCAGAUACUGCGAGGAGACCGAUACAAGUGUCUCAUCUGUAUGAGAAAGCCUGCUAUCCAAUCAGGCGCGGAGAUCAAGAGCAUAGGGCUGUGGCCGGGGUCCCGGCCACUGGCCAAAGAGGUCGGAGAGAGACACCCUAAGUCCCUCCCCCUCGGCCUGUACUGCCUGUACAGGGGCCUUGUGAUUGGUGGCUACGGCGGCAGCAUAAAGAGGCUCCUCCCACAGCCCCUACGGAGGGACUCCUACACAAUGCCACUCACCUCCAUCCAGUGCUGGCACGUCCAUUGUGAAGAGUGCUGGCUUAGGACUCUGGGGAACAAGAAGCUGUGCCCGCAGUGCAACACCAUCACUUCGCCCGGAGACCUGAGGCGCGUCUACUUGUAAAGAGCACAACAUCUUCCAUCUGCAGUCCAUUCCUCCUUCGUGGAUUUCAUCUUUUCCCUGUUUUCAUCUGUUUUUUUCUCUCUUUCUCAUGGACUGGGUCAGUAGCUCCAAAGCCUCCGAGAGCAUCCAGAGACAACGCGGCUGUCUUUCAGAAGCUGCUGACGCUUUAAAGGAGGCCGAGGCUCGCUGGACUUGAAAUGACUCACUGACUCAUGCUGGCUGCCCGGUCAUGCACUCACACCAAAAAACAAGGAAAUUGUCCCUGAUGUUGACACUUUGAUCCACCAGGAUAUUGAUGGAGACCCCGAAUCUCAGCAUAGUCUCGGCUGAUGCCCAGACUCAUGCUGCAGGAGGCGGACCCAAAAGGAACUUCUUACUGCGAAUUGGAUUUAUUUUGUCCUCCUCCUUCAACUUUUCAUGGAUGCUCGGCAGACAGCAACACAGCGACAAAAGAAGGCUUCUUUAGUUCUUUUUCCUGUUGCAGAGGGAAAACCUUGUCCAGCAGGAGCUUUUGCUCAAGGGUAUUUAACAUAAAAACGAGGCCGGUCCACUAAAAUUGAGCGUUUGACCAAACUGAGAAUAACCUCAAAACAUUUGAGGAGAAUUUUGAAACCCUGUCCUCCUUUCUCCCCCUACUUUUGUGGUGUUCUAGUGAAGUAAACCAAAAUUUCUCCCCUUCUUAAAAUGCAGUGCAAGCACAUGUAAUAUAGUUCUAUGUGUGUUUACAAUGUUGGGUGUAAAUGACAUAGAGUUCACACACACACACACGUACAUGCAAACACUAUCAUCAGAAAACAUGACCUAAGUAUACAUUAACAUCAUUUUUAAGUCGAAAGUUCAUUUGGGGGAAAAAUGGCUGACAUAAAAAAAAUGUAUUUUUUGAAAGAGAAAGAAAAAGUCCUUUUGAAGAUCUGUUGAAGUUUUAUUUGACUGUACAGGAAUAAAAGAAAAUGCUACUCAAGAUUAGAUGUUUAAGGUUUAGAUGGUGUCAUUUUGCUGCAGGGUGUCCUGAAGGUGAAACAAAAGGACAGACGUUAGUUUUAUCCAACAGGAAGCUUGGUGUUGCCCAAGAUGUCCCGAACCUUGAGCAGAACAGCAUGAAUUUUCUUUAGUUCAAACAUCCAGCUGAGCUCCUGCUUCCUCUGUUGGAGUAACAACACGCUCGGAUCAUAGUCUGAAGACUGUUCUUUUACCCUCACACGUCUGGGGAUCUUUCUUUUCCUGGUAUUCUCACACUGCUGUGCUGCAAAAUGGUCCCCAAAGGCAUUUCCAAAGGGCAGGUUCUUUCAGAGCUAAAGAAGACGAGUGAAGGAUGCCCAAGGCUGAACUGGCAAUCUCAACCCCCCCGCGGCGUUUGCCCCCUUCCCUUUUAGCGCAGCAGCAUCAGCAGCCAAGGUGGUGGUGUGCUUUGUGUUUGUAAAACUAUGUAAUCUGUGAUGUCUGUAAUGUUGUAAGAAAUAUUGAGGAAAAAAAAGAAAAAAUAAAACUUCUCAAAUAUCACGAGUGGUCCCGUUCACGCAAACGAUGACACAGUGAAGAAAAAGGUACAGCCUAUGCUGAAAGAAGGUGGUAACGAUGGCCUUAUUUAUGCAGAAACUUUUUGUUAAUGUACAUUUAAAUUAAUUUCCCAUGUCAUUUUGGUGUCUAGGAUUCACUCGCUCAACUCCAAACUGGCAUUCAAUAACUUAGUUUUAAAGCUUUGCAGCUUUAUCUGAAAUCCAGCGAAACUCAAAGGCCAAUUUCUGAGGCUUCAAAAGCUUUAGUGGAUCAGCUCUGGUUAGCGUUGGUUAGGACUCCCUUCAUUCGGUAGAAUAAAAACAAUAUGAAGCAAAGCUGUCACUAAAUUCUUCCCCAGUCCAGGUGCACUGGAAUCUGCUCGGAAUAAUAAAAAACUGCAGAAGAGAUUUGUGUCGAUCCUACUUUCUGUAUUGUACAUUUAUGAAUAAUGGUACAUGUCUUUGCCAUUUGUAAAGUAUAAUUGACAUGAAUUAAAUAAUUGUAAAUCUC